UUUUUUACCUUAAUUUUUGGCUUUAUAUUGAUUUCUAAUUUUGUUUUUAGAGAAUAACUAAAACAUACAAAAUGGCUAACGAGUUUUACUAUUCGAGCAAGUACGAGGACGAUGAAUUCGAAUAUCGACAUGUACACGUGACUAAAGAGGUUGCUAAGUUGGUUCCACACAAUCGUCUUAUGUCUGAAUCGGAGUGGCGUAGUAUUGGAAUUCAGCAAAGUCCAGGUUGGAUUCAUUACAUGAUUUGGCCAGCGGAGCGUCAUAUAUUGUGA